AUGGCCUGCUGCACGACUAGCUUCUGUGGAUUCCCCAGCUGCUCCACUGGUGGUUCCUGUGGUUCCAGCUGUUGCCAGCCCAGCUGCUGCCAGCCCAGCUGCUGCCCAACUAGCUGCUGCCAGUCCAGCUGCUGCCCAACCAGCUGCUGCCAGCCCAGCUGCUGCCCAACCAGCUGCUGCCAACCAUCCUGCUGCCCAACAAGCUGCUGUUCCUCCGGCGGCUGUGGGUCUGGCUUUGGCACUGGUGGUGGCCAGGGGGGAAGCGGUGGAGCCAUGACCUGCCGCGUCAGGUGGUGCCGCCCUGACUGCCGCGUGGAGGGUACCUGCCUGCCCCCCUGCUGUGUGGCCAGCUGCACUCCCCCAACCUGCUGCCAGCUGCACCAUGCCCAGGCCUCCUGCUGCCGCCCAUCCUACUGUGGACAGUCCUGCUGCCGCCCAGCCUGCUGCUGUUGCCGCUGCCCAACCAGCUUCUGCGAGCCCAGCUGCUGCCAGCCCAGCUGCUGCCAGCCCAGCUGCUGCCAGCCCAGCUGCUGUGAGUCCAGCUGCUGCCAGCCCAGCUGCUGUGAGCCCAGCUGCUGUGAGCCCAGCUGCUGCCAGCCCAGCUGCUGUGAGCCCACCUGCUGCUGUUGA